GUGCAGUGUGGAUGACUUAGUCAGUGGUUACCUGCGUGUUCAACAGCACUACAGUUCCCAGCCGAAGAAGAAAGAGGCAGAAAACAUACUUUUCGACUCUGUCACAGAAAAACUUACGUUUAGUUUGAGAGACGGCACCAGAACCAUGACUGAGGGAACGCACUUGCGGAGGCGCGGGGGACCUUACAGGACGGAACCGGUCACGGACCUGAGCCGCUGGAGGUUGACCAAUGUUGAGGGCAGACAGACCUGGUCCUACAUCAAAGAUGAGGAAACUGUGGAGAGAGAGCAGACCAUGCUGGAGGCCCACUCCCUGGGCCUGGACACAAGUCAGUUUGUGUCGCCCUCUGCUGCUGCCCUCACAGCUGUGGACGCUGCACUCAAGGGCAUGAACUUCUACAGUCACCUCCAGGCCGAGGACGGUCACUGGGCAGGAGACUACGGCGGGACGCUCUUCCUGCUCCCAGGUCUGCUGAUCACGUGUCAUGUGACUAAAACCUGUCUCCCUGAGGCCUGGAAGAAGGAGAUGGUUCGGUAUCUGCGAUCUGUGCAGCUGCCUGAUGGGGGCUGGGGUCUGCACAUUGAGGAUAAGUCCACCGUCUUCGGCACCACGCUGAGCUACACCUCGCUGAGGAUCCUUGGCGUAGAGCCGGAUGAUCCAGAUAUGGUUCGAGCCAGAAAUAACCUUUACAGUAAAGGUGGUGCAGUGGGGAUUCCCUCCUGGGGUAAAUUCUGGUUAGCCAUUUUAAACGUCUACAGUUGGGAGGGGAUGAACACACUUCUGCCAGAGAUGUGGCUGUUUCCUGCCUGGACACCUGCUCAUCCCUCCACCCUGUGGUGUCACUGUCGUCAGGUCUACCUGCCCAUGAGCUACUGCUACGCUGUUCGACUGGCGGCAGAGGAAGACUCCUUAGUCCUCAGCCUCAGACAGGAACUCUACGUCCAGGACUAUUCGUCCAUCCACUGGCCGGCUCAGAGGAACAACGUGGCAGCGUGUGACAUGUACACACCCCACAGCACGCUGCUCACCUUUGCCUACAUGGUGUUGAACGUGUACGAAGCCCAUCACAGCAGCACGCUGAGGGAAAAGGCCGUCGCCGAGCUGUACCGACACAUCCAGGCCGACGACAGCUUCACCAAGUGCAUCAGCAUCGGACCGAUCUCCAAAACCAUCAACAUGUUGGUGCGCUGGUACGUGGACGGCCCUUCCUCACCAGUCUACAAAGAGCACGUGUCCAGGAUUCCAGACUACCUCUGGCUGGGAUUGGACGGCAUGAAAAUGCAGGGAACAAAUGGAUCUCAGCUCUGGGAUACCUGUUUUGCUGUGCAGGCGUUUCUUGAGGCAGGAGCUCAGGACCAGCCCAGAUUUCAGCAGUGUCUCCAGGCCGCCCAUGACUUUCUGACCAUCACACAGAUUCCUGACAACCCUCCUGAAUACCACAAGUACUACAGACAAAUGAACAAGGUACGUAUGUCUGAGGUAUUAAACAAGUACUAUCAACAUACAUCACCUCUGGUCCACAGUCACCUCUGGUCCACAGUCACCUCUGGUCCACAGUCUGAACGACUGUACGACGCUGUCAAUGUGCUGCUCAGCAUGAGGAACUCAGACGGUGGAUUUGCCACGUACGAAACCAAGAGAGGAGGAAAACUCCUGGAGCUGCUCAACCCCUCGGAGGUGUUUGGUGACAGACUGAUCGACUACACCUACGUGGAGUGCACCUCGGCAGUGAUGCAGGCUCUCAGACACUUCCAGAAGGUUCAUCCUCAGCACCGGACCGAGGAGAUACGGUCCACUCUGACAGACGGGCUGGACUACUGCAGGAGGGUGCAGCGCCCCGACGGAUCGUGGGAGGGGUCCUGGGGCGUGUGCUUCACCUACGGUACGUGGUUCGGCCUUGAAGCCUACGCCUGUAUGGGUCACGUCUACAAAGAUGGGGAUGUAUGUGCAGCGGUGCAGAGAGCCUGUCUGUUCCUGCUGGAGCAUCAGAUGUCUGACGGAGGCUGGGGCGAAGACUUUGAGUCAUGUGAGCAGCGGCGCUACGUCCAGAGCAGCGCGGCCCAGAUCCACAACACCUGCUGGGCCUUGUUGGGACUGAUGGCUGUCAGACAUCCUGACAGGAAGUCCAUAGAGAGAGGAGUUCAGCUGCUGAUUGACAAACAGCAGCCUAACGGAGACUGGCCCCAGGAGAACAUUUCCGGCGUGUUCAACAAGAGCUGCGCCAUCAGCUACACCUCCUACAGGAACGUCUUCCCGGUCUGGACCCUCGGCCGCUUCGCCGCUCUUUACCCCCACAGUCCACUGGCUGGGAAGGUGAAAGGGUGAGGCGGGUGAGGCGGGUGAGGUGACCAGUGUCCAGAAGGACUCAGUGAGAGACACCUGUGGACGGAACAGAAGACAAGGACGAUUCUUUUAAUUAAUGUUCACACAGCACAGGAGCUUUGUUUCAGUGUUUAACCACUGGAGGCAGUCAAGUGAAGUGAAGAAGCUAUUCUUUAAACAACGUUGUGAGUAGGGAUGUCCGAUAACUUUUUGCCGAUAUCUGAUAUGCCGACAGUGGGCAGUGGUGGCCUGGUGGUUAAGGAAGUGAAGUGCAGCCCCCCGGGCCGAUGGUUGUGAGUCAUAUUAACAACCAGCUCUGCUUGAAUAUAAAUCAUGUAAAAAAUAAAUUCCAUUUUACAAA